GCAUAACCAUUCAAGCCCUAGCGGGAAGAAGAAGAAAUAAAAUUCUACUUAAUUUGCAGACCGGCAGUGGUCAUUAUCUCUCGGCAAGCGUCUGGAACUUUCACGAGACCCAGGUACGCAAUCAAAAGCCUUAAUCCCUCUUUAGCUUAGGUUCAUCGUCACUAAAAAGUUUAAAAGCUUUCCAAUCUCUCUCGAUUGGUUUUUGAAUCGAUUUCUGUUCUAUUAUAAUACCAAAAAUGGCUACCACAACAACAAAAACGCGAGAGGAUGAUGGUCUUAAGAAACUGGAAUACCUAUCGCUCGUAUCCAAGGUUUGCACAGAGCUCGAAUCUCACUUAGGAUUUGGAGACAAAGUAUUGGCUGAGUUCAUCACCGAAUUGGGACGAAAUUGCGAGAGUGUUGAUGAAUUUGAUUCAAAGUUGAAGGAAAACGGCGCUGAAAUGCCGGAUUACUUUGUCCGUACACUACUCACUAUCAUUCAUGCCAUCCUUCCGCCCAAGCCCAAGUCUGAGAAGGAUUCCAAAGAUAAAGACUGCGCCUCACUCUCUGAUACAAAAAAAUCCAAGUUCAAAGCUCUUGCUAUUGCUGAUAGUAAGGAGAGAGCCAAGGAACUCGAACGAGAACUCCAUAUGGAAGCUGGGGAGAGAAGGAAAGAACAGAAAAGGGAUGAGGAGGAUAGGAACAAAGACAGAGACUGGAGAGAUAAGGAUAGGCACAGGGAUAGAGAUAACAGGCAUAGAGAUAAAGAUAGGGACUAUAAUGAUGAUAGAGGUGGUGAUUAUAGUAGUAGUGGAAGGCGCCGAGAUAGGCAUGACAGGCAUAGGAGAGAUGGGAGCGAAGAAAAUGGUUAUCACUACAGGGAUGAUGGCGAAAACGAAAGGGGUCGGAGGCAUGCUCGAUAUAAUUCCGGUGAGCCUGAAUUGUACAAGGUGUAUAAGGGCAGGGUGUCGAGAGUUAUGGACUCUGGUUGUUUUGUGCAAUUGAAUGAACUUAGGGGCAAAGAGGGGUUGGUCCAUGUUUCACAGAUAGCAAGUAGGAGGGUUGGUAAUGCCAAGGAUGUUGUGAAGCGAGACCAGGAGGUUUAUGUUAAAGUGAUUUCAGUUUCUGGACAGAAGUUGAGUCUUUCCAUGAGAGAUGUUGAUCAGAAUAGUGGUAAGGAUUUGCUUCCUUUGAAGAAGAAUUCAGAUGAUGAUGAUGCUUUUAGGACUAAUCCUUCAGGUUCCAAGGACGGGCCAAUUACUAGAACUGGGCUUUCUGGGAUAAGGAUUAUGGAGGAGGAUGAUGCUGUUCCAUCACGUCGACCACUGAAGAGAAUGAGCUCACCAGAGAGGUGGGAAGCAAAACAAUUGAUUGCUUCUGGAGUUUUAGGUGUCAAAGAAUAUCCUAUGUAUGAUGAUGAAGCAGAUGGGCUGCUUUAUCAAGAAGAGGGAGCCGAGGAAGAGCUUGAAAUUGAGUUAAAUGAGGAUGAGCCUGCUUUUUUGCAAGGUCAGACUAGGUACUCGGUUGAUAUGUCACCAGUUAAGAUUUUUAAGAAUCCUGAAGGAUCAUUGAGUCGUGCAGCUGCACUUCAGUCUGCGCUCAUAAAGGAGAGGAGAGAAGUAAGGGAACAACAACAGAGGACUAUGCUCGAUUCAAUACCAAAGGAUCUUAAUCGUCCUUGGGAAGACCCAAUGCCUGAGACUGGUGAGAGGCAUCUUGCUCAGGAGCUUAGAGGUGUUGGCUUGUCUGCUUAUGACAUGCCUGAAUGGAAGAAGGAUGCAUUUGGAAAGGCAUUAACAUUUGGGCAAAGAUCAAAACUAUCCAUUCAGGAGCAGAGGCAGAGCUUGCCAAUAUACAAAUUGAAAAAGGAACUAAUUCAAGCUGUACAUGAUAAUCAGGUUUUGGUGGUUAUUGGUGAGACAGGUUCUGGUAAGACUACCCAGGUAACACAGUAUCUUGCUGAGGCAGGUUAUACUACAAGGGGUAAGAUUGGAUGUACUCAGCCUCGCCGGGUGGCUGCAAUGUCUGUAGCCAAGAGGGUGGCUGAAGAGUUUGGUUGUCGUUUAGGGGAGGAGGUUGGAUAUGCCAUUCGUUUUGAGGACUGCACUGGACCAGAUACUGUGAUCAAAUAUAUGACGGAUGGUAUGCUAUUAAGGGAGAUUCUUAUUGAUGAAAAUCUUUCUCAGUACUCAGUGAUAAUGCUUGAUGAAGCUCAUGAGAGGACAAUCCACACUGAUGUUCUUUUUGGAUUACUUAAACAGCUUGUGAAGAGGAGACCUGAUCUGCGCUUGAUCGUCACAUCUGCCACGCUGGAUGCAGAGAAAUUUUCAGGGUAUUUCUUCAACUGUAACAUAUUCACAAUCCCUGGGAGAACUUUUCCUGUGGAGAUAUUAUACACCAAACAGCCAGAAAGUGACUAUUUAGAUGCAGCUUUGAUCACUGUUCUACAAAUCCACUUGACGGAACCGGAAGGUGACAUUCUUCUAUUCUUGACUGGUCAGGAGGAGAUUGAUUUUGCUUGCCAGUCUCUCUAUGACAGGAUGAAAGGAUUAGGUAAAAAUGUUCCUGAAUUGAUUAUAUUGCCUGUUUAUAGUGCUCUUCCCAGUGAGAUGCAGUCCAGAAUAUUUGAACCUCCCCCUCCAGGGAAGCGGAAGGUGGUUGUGGCAACAAAUAUUGCUGAGGCUUCUUUGACAAUUGAUGGGAUAUUUUAUGUCAUUGAUCCUGGUUUUGCAAAGCAGAAUGUAUAUAAUCCAAAGCAAGGUCUUGAUUCUCUGGUCAUAACUCCAAUUUCACAAGCAUCUGCGAAGCAGCGUGCUGGACGUGCUGGACGCACUGGGCCUGGAAAGUGUUAUCGUCUGUAUACUGAAAGUGCUUAUCGUAAUGAGAUGUCCCCUACCACUGUUCCAGAAAUUCAAAGAAUAAAUCUUGGAAAUAUUACACUCACAAUGAAGGCAAUGGGAAUUAACGAUCUAUUGUCUUUUGAUUUUAUGGAUCCCCCUUCACCACAGGCCCUCAUUUCUGCCAUGGAACAGCUAUACAGUCUAGGAGCCUUGGAUGAAGAGGGGCUUCUGACCAAACUGGGAAGAAAAAUGGCAGAAUUUCCCCUUGAUCCGCCAUUGUCCAAGAUGUUGCUGGCAAGUGUAGAUCUGGGGUGCAGUGAUGAGAUUUUGACUAUUAUUGCCAUGAUCCAAACUGGUAACAUAUUCUACAGGCCUAGAGAAAAACAAGCGCAAGCAGAUCAGAAGAGAGCUAAGUUUUUCCAGCCGGAGGGAGACCAUUUGACCUUACUUGCUGUGUAUGAAGCUUGGAAAGCUAAGAACUUUUCAGGGCCAUGGUGUUUUGAGAAUUUUGUUCAGUCAAGAUCCCUGAGGAGGGCACAGGAUGUUAGGAAACAGCUCCUCUCAGUGAUGGAUAAAUACAAACUGGAUGUUGUGAGUGCUGGAAAGAAUUUCACGAAGAUAAGAAAAGCAAUUACAGCUGGCUUCUUUUUCCAUGCUGCUAGAAAGGAUCCACAGGAGGGUUAUAGGACUCUGGUGGAGAACCAACCAGUUUAUAUCCACCCAAGCAGCGCUCUUUUCCAGAGACAGCCGGACUGGGUCAUAUACCAUGAACUGGUAAUGACUACGAAGGAGUACAUGCGUGAGGUAACUGUUGUAGAUCCCAAAUGGCUUGUGGAACUGGCGCCUAGAUUCUUUAAAGUGGCAGAUCCAACUAAAAUGAGCAAGCGGAAGCGUCAAGAGCGAAUUGAGCCCCUAUACGACAGAUAUCAUGAACCUAAUUCAUGGCGAUUAAGUAAACGGCGGGCUUAAUGGGUGAUUUCAGCUCUCGAUAGCUAUUGGGGUGUCAACUCUUCUCCAAUCUAUCUUAAUUUGAUCCUGUCAUGCUGUUAACUUGUAAUUGUCCGAAUGUGCGCUGAUAUCUCUUUGAUCUGAUCUUAAUGGGGUUUGCCUUUUUGAAUCCUUUACCACAGGGCUCGAUUGAUUUUUAUAAGCCACCGCAAUUCAGAUUCCAGUGAUUUUGAAAA